CCAGACACUUCGGCAUAAGGCUCUGCCGAUUGACAUCCCGAUUCACUGUGAAGCCUUCUGCUCGUCCACCAAAGCCACCGCCUAAAGAUAGUCUGACCUACUUCCACCAAUCCAAGAGAUGGACUCGGCACUCCAGCUGCUAUCGCUUGGUCUCCGGAAUGGAAAGACUCUCACCUUGGACAGCAAUGGACCGGUUCCAACGAUCUGGAGAGCCAUGAUCUCCCAUUCCCAGCCCAUCCCCCCAACAGAGCUCGAAUGGCUACGUGACAAGACGACACUGGUGACCGGCGCCACGUCUGGCUGCGGUUUGGAGUUAGCCAAGAUCCUUGCCCAGUACAGCGCGCGCCUGAUCAUCACCGCACGCAAUGAAGAGCGGGGCCAGAGCGCGCUCGCUGAAAUUCAAAAUGCCCAAGGAACGAAUCGUCCCGCCCAGAUCGACGUAUGGCAGCUGGACAUGGCAUCGUUUGACUCCAUCCGGGAAUUCAUCCAGCGGGUCUCGCUCUUGGAGGCGUUGGAUUUCGCAGUGCUAAAUGCUGGGGUCUUGUCACCGCAGUUCUCCCGCUCGCCGGCGUCAUGGGAAAUGCACCUCCAGGUCAACUACCUGGGCCAGUGCGCAUUAAUCCUCUCACUCCUGCCGGUGCUCCAGAGCCAGAGCCAGAAGCGUACGACCCCUGCACGCGUUCUGAAUGUCACUUCCGAGGCCCAUCUGUGGGAAAGCAUGCCGCUCACCACGAACCCCGCCCAGGCGAUCAGCGAAUUCAACGACGAGGCGGCACUGGGCUUCCAUCAGCGCUACCGUCGGUCGAAGCUGCUCAGCAUGAUGUGGACGCACACUCUGGCAUCGGCAUGGAAGGACACCGACUCGGUGGUCAUCGGUACCGCAACGCCUGGUCUCUGCCAGACACCCAUCUACCGUCAAAUUACCUCGAGCUGGAUCGCGGACGCGUUGAUUCGCUGGUUUCUCAAGACCUCAACCCAUGGAGCUUGGGAUUAUGUGCGGGCUCUCAUUGUCCCGGCGUCGGAAUACCACGAUCAAUUCUUCUAUGACGGGUGUCCAGCCGACCCCGCCGAUAGCGUCCGUUCCGAGGAGUACCGUGCAUGGAGGGCCGAUCUGUUCCGAUAUACGGUGGAGCUCGUGGAGCGGGAGAUACCUGUGCCACAGGAGACACGGGCGUGGUUAGCGGUGAUACUUGAGUCGACGCGGGACGCUGAUAUCAAGUAACCGAGCGUCCAACUUGACGAGUGUGGAAGACCGUUUCUUGGAUCCAACAUCUGGUCUAUGUUACAUGUGCAGACCUACAUCACAGCCUCAUCCUCUGACGCCAUUCCAUACUACCCGCUACAAGAAAUUUAGUCCGCAGUGAGAUGGAUUAUAACACGGGAACCAGUGGAGGUCAGUUCGACGCGAACAAGGCUACUA